AUGUUGACCCUUAUGCCCACGUCCUUCAUUACCAUGAUCUGCUCCAUCAUGGUAAGUAUACCACCCGCCAUCCCUAUCACCAUUCCAAUCAUUGUGGUCAUGGUAGCCUUCAUUCCCAUUGCCAUUAUGACCUCUAUCCCCUCUGCCAUGAUUCCCGCCGCAGCAACAGUGGUGCUCAGUACGGUUGUCAUGAUGUCCGUCGUAAUGCUGGUCACGGUUAUUACCCAGAUCCCGGAAUUCGUCAUCGCUGUCGUCGUACAGAUCCGGAUCCAUAUCGGACAUAUUGUCAUUGUCAUCGUCCUCGCCGACAGCGGCGUCUCGGUUGUAUGGUCUAUGUUGCUCGGGGUGCAGAUGAUGAUGACCGGGGAAUUGGCCUCGGAUAGUUAG